AUGGGUUCCAAGACAAUUCUUCUACUUGGCCUUCUGGCUAUGGUUCUUCUGAUUGCAUCAGAAGUGUCGGCCCGGGACUUGUCUCAGACUUCCACUGAUAAGGAGGCUGAGAAGACAAAUGGAGUUGAAGAAUCCAAGUAUCAAGGAGGCGGAUAUGGAGGAUACCCUGGUGGAGGUUACCCCGGUGGUGGAAAUGGAGGACACCGAGGUGGAUAUGGUGGAAACCGUGGAGGUCGUGGUGGUGGAGGAGGCCACUGCCGUUAUGGCUGCUGUGGCCGGAGCUAUUACCGAGGGGGUUGCAGGUGCUGUACAUAUGCUGGUGAGGCAGUAGAUGCUGAACCUGAAGCAAAGCCUCACAACUAA